UUUUUGAAUAUAUAGAUUGAAUUUCUUCUGCUGAUGUUGUUGACAUUUUCCAUUUUCAAAUAUGUUUUUUACAUCGAAAUAAUCUUCUAGUACAUAAAUCAACUUAAUUCGCGAUCUGAUCGAGAAAUAUGGAUUCAUUAACAUCAAAAAAACAACGUUCAAAACAACAAUCUGGUACAUAUGGCCAAUAUACAUUACCGGCUAAUUCAAAAUCAAUGAUAAUUCAAAAGGAUGGUCAUCAAACAACAAAUAUAAAUCCAAAUUCAUAUCAUUUAAUAUUGACACCAACAUUAGAAUCAUUGAAAACAUUAUCAUUACCACGUAAAAUUUCACAAUCUGGUAUUAAAAAUCAUAAUCAUAAGAAUGGAAUUUCAUCAUCAAAAACUUUGAAACGACAAUCAAAAUCAUUUAUUUCAUCCGAUGAUAUACCUGUUGUUAAUCCUGCAUUUAAUGAUGGAACAAUAAUGCCAACAGCUAUUUCUGAUUAUGAUGAUCCAUUACGUUUACAUCAUUUACCACAACAGAAUCCACAUCCAGAUUUAGUUGAAAUACGAACUAAUCAAAAAUAUUCAACAACAUCAAAAUCAGUAGUGGCUGAUCAGCAAUCAUCAUCGACAGGCAAUAAUAAUAAUAGUAAUAAUCGUAGCAUUCCAUCAUUUCAUUUGACAAAAAAUGUUCAUUCAACAUUAUCAAAAGUGACUGAUCCAAUUGAAUUCUGUACAUUACCACAAUCAUCUCGACAAAAAUCUAAUAUGAUCAAUGAUCCACAACAACAACGACAAUCAAUAAAUAUGUCAUCAUUUCAGCUGCAACAGAAUCAACAUCCAUUACCACAACCACCAACUAUACAAACAAUGCAAACAAUACAAAUGAAUCCAAGAUUUAGUACAUCAUCAUCGAUUAGUAAUCAAUCAUCAUCAGAUGUUUCUGCCAAUCCAUCUACAACAUCUAGUCUUUUCUAUGUAGAUUAUCGUCCAUCAUCAUCAUCUAUAAACAACAAUAAUAAUAAUGAACAAAAACAACAACAUCGAAAUUCAUCGGUAUCCGAACUAUCAUCAAAUAGUUCAACAAUCACCGAUGGUAGUAGUGGUGAUGUUGAUAAUAAUAAUCAUCAUCAUAACGAUGAAAUAGAUGAUGAUUUACCACCUCCACCGGAUAUAUUAUUAUGUGAUGGUAAUGAUGAUAUUGAUGGUGGUGGUAGUAUUAGUGAUCAAAAACAAUUAACACCUACAAAUAAAAUAGCUCAGCUAUUACCACCAUUGCCACCUGAUUAUCAUACAAUAUCAACAUUACAACGACAACGUAAACAUCAGCCAACAUCAACUACGCAACAAUUUCCCUUUACAUCAAAUACAUUAAAUCGUUCAAAGCCAUCCGCAAUUAAUCAUACAAUCAAUGAUGUUCCAGCAUAUUCAACAACUACAUUAAGUUCAUUCACCACUUUACAACAUCAAACGCAAUCAUCAUCAUCAACACCAGGAUCACAAUCGAGUACAUUAUUGCGAAAACCUCCGCCGCCGCCACCACCACCAAGGCCGCCACAAUCGAUCUCAUCGGAUACAACAUCAUUACAAACAUCAUUAUCAUCAUCAGCUAAUUCAGAUUCAUAUGCUGAUCCACAAACAUUAUCGAUUGUUUCCGGUUCAACAUCAACAUCACCAAUAACUGAUAAUCUAACAAUUAUGACAACACCAUCACCAACAUCUGAACAUUAUCAAAACUCAGCAUCAUUACAAUCACAGCAACAACAUCCUCAACAACAACAACAACAAUUGGGUAUAAAUCAAACAUCAAAAUUAUUUAAUCGUCGUACACAAUCACCAACAUAUGGUUGGGUUUAUCAUCAAACAAACAAUUCAAUAAGUGAUAAAAAUAAUCUUCAAUCAAAUAUGAUUAAUCAAUUUGAAAUAAAACGUUGUGAUUCAUUAAGUUUAGCUGAAAAUGGAUCAAUUUCAAAUGGAAUAAUAAUCCAUAAUAGUAAUGGACCUAAUAGUUUGGAAUCGGGUGAUUCUCGUCAACCAUUAACCAAUCAUUUAUUUGAUAAUAAUAAUAAUAAGAAUAAUAAAAUGAAUUCAAAGAAAAAAGAAAAGAAAAAUCAUCAUCAUCAACUGAAUCAACAACAAUCAAAUAAAACAUCAUCAAAUGUUUAUCGUAAUCAAGUAUUUAUUGGUGAAAAUGAUUGUAAAUCAAUUUCAAAAAAUAAUGCUAAUAAUAAUGAUGAUGAUGAUGAUGAUGGUAAUGCUGAUCGUACAAAAGAACGUAUUAUUAGACAAUCAUAUCGAAUGUUUUUCAAUGAUAUGACAUCGGAUGUUGAUCAUCAAAAGAAUGGUCGAAAAAAUCAUAUGAAUGGACAGCAAAAAUUUUCAAUAAUCGAUGAUAAUGAUGAAAGAAAAAGAAAAUUUAAUAAUCGAAAUAAUAAUUUAUUGAUACCGAUAAAAACACAAAAUGAAAAUUGUUGUAGAAGAUUUUGUCGUUCAACAAUUAUCAUAUUAUCAAUUAUGAUAUUAAUUAUUGUUUCAAUCAUAUUGGGAAUUACAUUGUAUAAUCAUUUUGUAUUGGAUAAACAAGAAACUGGAUUCAGUGCAAUCGGUCAGAUUGAACAAUUUUUCCAAUCAUUAUUCAAAACAAAUUCUUCUAGUCUAAACAACAAUAACAAAAAUAAUAAUUUGACAACAACAACAACAAAACCAAUGCAUACAACAUCAUCAUUAUUAUCAACAUUAACAACAACCGUAGGAAUAUUGAUGAAUACAUGGAAUAUUUCAAGUAAACAUUCUAUUAGUACAACACCAUCGAUGAUUGACAUUCCAGCAUCAACAACAAUAACACCAACAGUAAAAUUUUAUCCGGAAAAUUUGACUGCAACAACAACAACGACGACGACAACAACAACAGUCAUUCCUUUAACAACAAAAACGAUUAAAACAACGACAGCCAUACAGGAUUCGGAUUCGAAUAUCAUUAUUAUACCAACAACAACAAUAUCACCCUUAAUAGAAACAACAACAACAGAUAAAUCAUCGCUGUUGACAGAAAUGACUACAAAAUCUUUUUCAAAUAAUGAAAAUCAAACGGAUACAAGAACAACAAUGAUGACGUCGAUGAUUUUGGAUGGAAAUUCGGAAAACAAUGUUCAAAUUGAUGUGGAAAAUUCAACAACAUUGAUCAACAAUGAUAAACCUGUAACAACAACAUUACCAUCAAUAAUUGAUUUAAUUGAAAAUAAUCCGUUGACAACAACAACAAUAUCUAUAAGUACAGUGCCAACACAAACGAACGAAACAUUUCCAAUCGAACCAGUAACUAUAAGUACAGUGCCAACACCAACUGAAUCAAUGCCGAAUGAAACAUUUCCAAUCGAACCGGUAACUAUGAAAACAACAUUGACUACUGAACCACCAACGGCAACAAUUAUUUACGAUGAAUUGGAUGGUUUUCAAGUUUAUACACGAAACAGUUCGAUAACUGAAUCAUCCGAUAAAUCGUUUAUAUAUGAAACGACUGUCAUGACUCCUUUGACCGAAAAAUCGAAAAAAUUGAAUCAAACAUCCGGAAAAUAAUCGGUGAUGAUCAAAAAGUUUAAAA